AUGUCGAGCACUUCCCAACCUCCUUCUGGCAGCUCUGGGUUCACUGCGAGUCAGCUUGCUCAUCUCCGCAAAAGUCCUCAGCCUUGGUCUCCAGUCUCAUGGACAACAAAGACAAUCCAUCAGGAGGCUGUCUAUGAGGACCAGAAGAGCGUUGAGAAGUCCCUUUCGAAGCUUACAAGUCUUCCUCCCAUUGUCACCCCGACCGAGAUCGUGAAGCUGAAGGAAAGCUUACGAGAUGUCGCCCUUGGUAAGGCCUUCCUUCUCCAAGGAGGCGACUGCGCCGAAUUGUUUGACUACUGCGAAGAGAACGCUAUUGAAUCGAAGAUCAAGUUGCUUCUCCAGAUGAGUUUGGUCCUCAUCUGGGGUGCGAACAAGCCCGUUGUCCGCAUUGCUCGCAUGGCUGGACAAUACGCCAAGCCGAGAUCCAAGCCCACUGAGAUGGUCGAUGGCAAAGAGACCAAUUCAUUCAGAGGUGACAUCUUGAACGGAUAUCCUGUCGACGAGAGAGCUCUCGAUCCAUCAAGACUCGUCAGCGCAUACUUUCACUCUGCAGCCACGCUGAACUUCAUUCGAGGAUCUCUCUCUUCGGGCAUUGCUGAUCUCCAUCGUCCUCUCGACUGGGGUCUUGGACACGUUCACGACCCUGAGCUUCAAGUCAAGUAUUCCAACAUCGUCUCCUCCAUCACCGAGUCCCUUCGUUUCAUGCGAACCGUUGGAGCAGACACAGCCGGCCAACUGCAGUCAGUUGACCUGUACACAAGCCAUGAAGGCCUUCUUCUCGACUACGAGCAGAGCCUGACACGCCGACUCAAGAAUCCAAGCCGUUCAUCACGUGCUGCACAGUCCUCCACACAGACUCCAGACGACGGAAAGUCUUGGUACAACACUGGUGCACACUUCCUCUGGAUUGGUGAUAGAACACGCCAAAUUGAUGGAGCUCACAUCGAAUACUUCCGCGGCAUCGAGAAUCCUAUCGGUGUUAAGAUUGGUCCCACAACUUCAUCCUCCGACCUCCUCGCUCUUCUUCGCGCCCUCAAUCCCUCCGUCGAGGUUGGAAAGAUAACGCUCAUCACUCGCUAUGGAGCCCCGAAAGUUCGCACUCUCCUUCCAACCCACAUCCGCAUCGUUGAAGGCAGCGAAUAUGCACGCAGCGUUGUUUGGCAAUGCGACCCCAUGCAUGGCAACACACGCUCAACCGCCACUGGCAUCAAGACCCGCCAAUUCGCUGAUAUCUUCUCCGAGUUGCAGCAAACACUGGCCAUACAUAAGCAAGAAGGCAGCUACCUCGGUGGUGUCCAUCUUGAGUUAACCGGCGACGCUGUUACCGAAUGCACUGGAGGCAGCGUUGGCCUUGCCGAGGAAGACCUGUCGCUCAACUACACCAGCUUCUGCGACCCGAGGCUGAAUGAGAAGCAAGCCCUCGAGAUGGCUUUCCUGAUUGCUGGGCAUUAUCGUGGCGAGCGAGGAGUCGAUUCCGAAUAA